AUCAGGUCCACCGGUCGAUUCCGGACAAGGAUAGGUAAGUUGGUGGCGUCCGCGGAGGUCGGUGUCGGUCGAACUACCCCGUACUUCCCCAACCUCGCCGUAUUAGGAGAUUCCGCCACGUGUCGAAGACCGCGGUCGGCGCAGCUUUGGCGUUCGAGCCACCGACACGAAGUUCGCUGUUGCACCCGUCAACCGCGCUUCCCUGGCGGCACGCCUCCGCCGGCGGUCUCUAAAGAAAGCAAAACCCGUGAAAAGAAUCACUAGAAGGUACAACGGCUGGCCGAUUCAUGCGCCCCCAAUCACCGCCACCGCGUCCGUUCCGCAUCUCUCUCUUUGUGCUCCGCAAUACCCUUGAAUUGCGGCCGAUGAAUAGGGUGGAAGAUGGAGUUGCUUGUGAGAUGUGACUAAGGCCCAGGCUGUGAGGUAGCUGCUGUAAAUGGGCUGUUUUCAGUCGAAGGGUCGAAGGCAUUUCCCAGGAUAUGAGGACCCUGUGCUUCUUGCUUCUCAGACUGCUUUCACCGUCAGUGAAGUUGAAGCACUGUUUGAAUUGUUCAAGAGCAUUAGCAGUUCAGUGAUUGAUGACGGGUUGAUCAACAAGGAAGAAUUUCAGCUUGCACUAUUCAAGUGUAGAAAAAAGGAAAAUCUCUUUGCAAACAGGAUCUUUGAUCUAUUUGAUGUCAAACAAAAGGGAGUUAUUGAUUUUGCGGAUUUUGUUCGAGCUCUCAGUGUCUUUCAUCCAAAUGCUCCACAAGAAGACAAAGUAGAUUUUUCCUUUAAGAUUUAUGAUCUGGAGGGUACAGGCUUUAUUGAACGGAAAGAGGUCAAGCAGAUGUUGACUGCUCUGCUAUCUGAAUCAGAAAUGAGAUUGUCUGAUGAAACCAUGGAGAUAAUCCUAGAUAAGACAUUUCAAGAAGCUGAUGCUAAUCAGGAUGGAAGAAUAGAUAAAACAGAAUGGGGAAAUUUUGUUUCUCACAAUCCAUCAUUGAUGAAGAUUAUGACCCUUCCAUAUCUUAGGGACAUAACAACAACAUUUCCAAGUUUUGUAUUUAACUCAAAAGUUGACGACAUUGUUUCAUGAGAAUGGAGCAAACUGUCAGCUCGCAUCGGCAGUGAGAUUGCGAUGCUAUUAAAGAUGCCCUGAAUAGACAUUUGAUAGUCGGUGUCAAAGUGUCAUUUUUCAUAUAAAAUGAUCUGCCCAAGUUGUGUUGUGGAAUUCCAUCAUGGUACCUGGCCAGGGAGCCAAUGUAUCUGUUCUCAGUAAUCUUGCCUUGCCAUAUACUUCAUUUAGGAGUGCCUUCAAAGCAGAAGCAGGGUCUUGCAAGGAUCUCGUGUGUUUCUGAAUUUGAAGAACAUGGUAUCAAAUUAAGUGUCAUCUGCCAUUCUGAUCUAGUGAAAGAAGUAGUUCUAAUAGUAUCACUCAUUGCUAUAGAUGGAGUCCAUGAUUUACCAUCUUCCUCAGUGCAGUGAAUACAGAUGGAAAAGAUAACUCAUGAAAUUUGUAUAACUUUGGUCUUAUGACUGAAGAACUGACUUACCAUCAGUUUUAGUAAAAAUAAUGUAUCUCAUUGUAAAGUGUUUUUGUGUUAAUCCUUAAAUGUAAUUGUAGUAUAUUAAACCUAGAAACUUACAUAUAUGUAUUUGUAGCUAAUUUUUAUGGUU